UUCCCGUGUUCGCACUGAGGUCUCUGGAACGGCAGAAUGUCUGUAACUCGGUACCGUCGGUUUCUUAAACUGUGCGAAGAAUGGCCGAGAGACGAAUCAAAGAAAGGCAGGGAUUUGGGGACUUUUUUACGACAAAGGGUGGCCCAUGCGUUUCGCGAGGGUGAAAACACUCAGAUAUCAGACCCAGAGAAGUGUGAUCAGAUGUACGAGAGUUUGGCCCGUAUCAACAGCAAUUUCUACAGAGAAAAGUUCCCUCGUGCAAAGGACACAAGCUUUACAGGUGUGACAGUCGAAGAAUGUAGAGUACUUUUAUCUACAGGCAGCAUGCAGAACAUGGAUGAAGAGAAGAAGGGUUUGUGGAAAACGCUGAUGGAACGGUUUUCCUCCAAGUCGCCAGAAGAGGAAAAGGGCCCUGAAAAGUAGCAUUCUGCGCAGCACAGCACUCCCCUUUCUGUAUUUAGUCCCUUCCGUACAUUAGAAAUUAAAAGCUUUGUUUUCUCAUUA